AUGGCAAACUAAAUCUUAGUUUUUUGUCUUUUGGCUUUAGCUAUUACUGGGUCUUUAGCAAGGUUCUCAGAUAUAAGAAAGAAAUAUUCUGAUAUUUAAAGAAAUCAGCAAAUCUUAAAAAAUUUAAAGGAUGUUGUAGAAGAUCCAGCUAGUUAAUUCCAUCAUUCAGCAUAUAGAAGAUUGGCUUAUCUAGUUGAUACUUAUGGACCUCGUUUAUGGGGCUCUUAAUCUCUUGAACUCGCCAUUUAAGAUUUAGCUAAUCAGAUUAAAGAAGAUGGUAUCGAUGUAAGACUUGAACCUGUUAGAAACUUCACCAAGUGGGUUAGAGGACAAGAAUCUCUUACUCUCUUUGAACCUCGUCCUUUCCCCUAAAAGCUUAAAAUGAUAGGUCUUGGUAGAAGUGUUGGUGGAAAUGUCACUGCUGAUGCUGUUGUAGUUACUUCUUUUGAUGAUUUAUAAGCUAAAGCACACUUAGUACCAGGAAAAAUAGUUAUCUAUGCUGUUCCUUGGGUAAACUAUGAAACAACUGUUGCUUACAGAGGAAGUGGAGCUAUUGAAGCUGCUAAAUUAGGUGCCGUUGCUGCCUUGGUUAGAAGUAUCACUCCUUUCAGUAUUGAAUCUCCUCACACAGGUAGUAUGAGCUAUGCUGCUAAUGUCACCUAAAUUCCUGCUGCUGCUAUUGCUGUUGAAGAUGCUGAAAUGUUCUUAAGAAUGUUUGAAAGAGGUUAAAGAAUCAGAUUAAAUCUUUACAUGGAAAGUUGGAAUGUUCCUAACGCUAACUCUUUCAAUGUUGUUGCAGAACUUAGAGGUUCCGUUUAUCCUGAAAAGAUUCUCGUUUUAGGUGGUCAUACUGAUAGUUGGGAUGUAGGCAGCUAAACUGGUGCUAAUGAUGAUGGUGGUGGUUUUGUUACUUGUUAUGAAGCUCUUAGAUUAAUUGCUAAGAGUGGGCUUACUCCUAAAAGAACUAUUCGUUUUAUUGCUUGGAGUGGUGAGGAAUAUGGUGGAUCUCUAAGUGGUGCAAGUUAGUAUGCAAAUGACCAUAAGGACGAAAUGGACAACCACAUUGUUGCCUUCGAAAGCGAUCUUGGAUCAAGGACACCAGUUGCAUGGGGUUUCUCUGGAGGUUAGAAUGGAUUAAAUUAUUUCUAGGACUUAGUUUCUACAUAUUUUAAACCAAUUUACAAUAUUACUGAAGUUCUUGAUGGUGAGGGUGAAAUGGUUGAUAGUGGAUAUAUCGGAAGCUAUGGAGUUCCUAUGGUUAGAAAUAUUGGAUAAGAUACACCUUCAAAUGACUACUACUUCACAUUCCAUCACUCAGCUGGUGACUCUAUGAGUGUCAUGGAUCCUGACUAAAUGGAUGAAAAUGUUGUUGGUAUUGCUUCAUUAUUCUACCUUUUGGCUGAUGCUGAUGUUGCUCUUCCUCGCGAUUGA